AUGUCUUCAGCUCCCCUUUUACAGAAAGCACCAGGUAAAAGAAUCGCCUUACCAACAAGGGUGGAACCCAAAGUUUUUUUUGCUAAUGAGAGAACCUUUUUGUCAUGGCUCAACUUCACAGUUAUUUUAGGAUCACUUGCUGUGGGCUUGUUGAACUUUGGUGACAGAAUUGGACGAAUUUCAGCAUCACUCUUCAAUUUGAUUGCCAUGGGUACUAUGAUAUAUGCAUUGGUAACAUAUCACUGGAGAGCAAAUGCUAUUAGAAGAAGAGGAUCUGGCCCAUACGAUGACAGAUUUGGUCCUACAAUGCUAUGCUUUUUCUUGUUGAUUGCCGUCAUAGUCAACUUUACUUUAAGAAUACGGGCUUGA